CGACCGUCUCUGGCAACGACGGCGUACGCUUCGUGAGAGAAGCUAACUUUCUAGUUAGCUUAGCACAAACGGGAUAUUUGAACUUUUUUUUUCACAGUUGCCACUUUUGACCGUUUAUCGGUCAGUCUUUAGUCGUUUUUAAGAAAGUUUCGUCAUGAAAUAAUGACGGAAACAACGAGUGAACAGUUUUCCCUAGUGUCGCCUGGCUGCUGUCCCCCAGGGUCCCAUAGUGACACCGCCCUUGCUGAGGCUCCCAGCUGCGGUGAGCCAGAAGACAGCAGAGAGAUGGAGAAGGAUGGUGUUUUAACAGCUGAGAUGGUGUCCAGCUGUGCAUCCAAUCUUGGACGCUUUAGCACUGGACUGCAACACUUCUACCACCACCUGUCUCUGCCUAGUCACAACCUCAGUGACAUCUCCGUUUUAGUUAGUUAUGUCCAUCUUCAAAAGCUGGAACUGCCGCACAACAAAAUUAAAGAUUUAUCCUGUGUGAGCCACAUGCCAUACCUCAUCGUCCUGGACGCCUCUCACAAUGAAAUCUCCACCUUCUUUGGAUUCCAGCCUCCCAAGAAUCUAAAGGAAGUCAAUUUCUCCCAUAACCGCAUGACAAAUAUGAAGGAUUUGUCAGCCUAUACAUCUCUCAGUAAACUGGAUCUGGGAUACAACAGUUUCGGUGAGAUCACUGGUCUUGAGCAAUGUUGCAAGCUCACCAAUCUCAGCCUGGAGCACAAUAAGAUCUCAGGUAUCAGCGGCCUGGACGGUCUGCCUCUUACACACCUCUGCCUGAGGGGGAACCAGCUGGUGAAGAUUGAAGGGUUGGAGAAUUUGAAGAGUCUGCAGGUUGUUGACUUGUCUCUGAACAGCAUCAGGAGUCUCUCUGGCCUCCAGAAUCUUCACCUCCUGGGCUCCAUCAAUCUGGAGAACAACCUGAUAAGUGAAAUUCAGGAGUGCAAACACAUUCAUGACCUUUUCCUGCUGAGGGACCUCAACUUAGAGGGAAACCCUGUGCAGGAGCAAGACAACUACAGACUGGCUGUCAUCUUCCUCCUUCAGCAUCUGACUGUGCUGGACCAAGAGAAAGUUACUGCUGAAGAAAAGGUGUCAUCUGUAAAUAAGUUUGACCCUUCUUUGGAUGUGGUGGCAGCCAGGGAUCACAUGAUCAACCUGGUCUAUCACAUGAUGCAGCCCCAAGUUCUUUUUGACAGCAGCACUUUGCCCUGUGUAGACUCUCCAUAUCCUAUGCUGGUGCUGACAGGUCCUCAAGGCUGCGGCAAGAGAGAGCUAUCCCACAGACUGUGUCAGGAGUUUGACGAAUACUUUGCCUAUGGCAUCUGUCACACCACAAGGGAGCCCUACUUUGGAGAGGAGAAUAGAAUUGAUUACCAUUUUGUCAGUGAGGAAGAUUUUCAGGACAUGAUAAAUAUGGGUAAGUUUAUCCAGACCAUGCAGUUUGGGGGCCACAGGUACGGUCUGUCCAGAGACGCCAUAGAGGAUGUAGCCAGAGAAGGACUUGCAUGCUGUGUGCAUAUGGAGCUUGAGGGCGUGCUCAGUCUGAAGAACAGCUACUUUGAGCCUCGAUACAUCCUGCUCAUCCCCACCCAGGUGGAGCAGUACAUGAACCACCUGAAAAGCCGUGGUCUCUAUACACCAGCACAGAUUGACAUGGCGGUGUCACGUAUAGAGCUCUACGCCAAAACCAACAGGACACGACUGGGAUUCUUUGAUAAUGUGAUCCCCUGUGAUGACUGGGAGGAAGCCUAUCAGACACUGAGGCAGGUCGUGAGGGGGUACCUGUUGUUAGAGGAGCAGGAAGAGGAGGGCAAAAACUACAGAGCAUCCCCUGACAACACCUCCACAGGUCAAAAGCCAGAGGAGAAGCCACCUUCACCCCUGUUGAGGUCAGGAUCAGGCGCACUCAGGUCACACUCUGCCACAGCUCUUGACCCCUCGAAUCCAAUUUACAGAAACUAUUUUACAAAGAUCCAGGCAGAGCUCAGCCUUCAGAAGAGCCCCAAUGAACAGGCUUCCAUCAGGAGGCGUGAGCACCUGGUGAGAGAGGCUAUAGUUGGGAAGAGUCCAGGGGUCUACAGCCAGCUCAUCAAAAGGUCUGCUCAAACAGAACCAUCGUCACAGCAGAAUAAUGACCCUGGUUCCCAUUUUAGUGAGGACAGCAGCAGCCCAGAUGUGUCUCGUGCUAGCUCAGCGUUGUCUGUGCCCAGUUCAGCAGGGGCCUUGUCUGGCCUAUUGGAACCGCAAGACGUCUCUGCCUUGGGACAGGCCUUGGAAACAUAUGAAUCACCAGGCCAAACUCCUGAAGCCCCCAGUCCAGGCACAGAUCAGCUACCUGUGGCCACAUCUCUCUCUACUGAUCUGCCACCGAUCCCCACUGGACGCAAGACUCCUGCAGCGCCUGGCCCGGCUCCUUCACACUGACCCAGCCCAAUCCUGGCAGCCAUAGACACGGAGGGAUAGCUUUUAAGGUUUUAGGGUGUCAUUUCACAAAGUUGUAAAUAUUCAAAAUAACAUUUAUAUACAAUAAAAUUAGGCAAUUUAAGAUAUGAGCUUGGUCUGUUAAAUUUAAAUAAUAUUAAUUUGGUCAACCGCAAAAUCACACGUUUGAUGCUGUUUCACUUCUAACCACACAAACUGUAAUGUGACACACAAGCCACACAUUUGAGGUUGGACCUCAGUGUCAGCACUUGCCUUUUCCUGUGAUGUAUUAACUCAUAACAAGUCAGCUACAACCGUAUACUUAUAUGACAAGAAGGUGAUAGUGUUAAUGAUCAUAUAUAAGGGGGCUACAGUGUAAUUAUAGGCAAAGUUGGGCUUAUUUCCUUUUUGUAGUAUUGCUGGCCUAAAGCUAUACAGUGUUGACAUACAUCAUGACUCAUGCUUGCACACAGAUUGUCAAGCAUGUCUUUUGAUCAUGAAGAAUACAACAUAAUAAUAUGUUCAGUCUCAUGACUAGAAGUAUCUGUUCAUUCUGAGAAAGUUCAUGUCUGCAAAGUAUGUGGUACACCUCAUGUUUUGUGAAUGCUGCAUUAAUUUUUCCUGACAGUGAAGUGGCAUUAUAUUUCCUACUGUUCAGUAAUCUCAUCAAAUUGGAUUCGCCAUUGACAUCUAGAUACUGAUCUUUUAUGUGCAGCAUGCAGCUCUUGUCAUUGGAUGAUAAAUACAUCAUUAAUCUUUAUCUCUUCUGAUGGGAUUAUUUAUUCGACUGGAAACACUUUCAUAUGGAAGAUGUUGACAGGCAUUAAACACUGAGCCAUCACAAACAA